AUGACAUGCCCAACCACCAGCGGCCGCAGGUUCCUGGACCAGGCCAACAUCAACAACGCCUACGUGUCCGGCAUGAAGGAGGACCUGGGGCUCUGGGGCAACGAGCUGAACCUAUUCACCACCUACUUCAACAUUGCGUACUGCAUCAUGCUCAUCCCGUCCCAAGUCAUCAUGACGUACGUACGGCCGAGCUGGUGGCUGCCUUCGCUGGAAGUCAUCUGGGGUGUCAUCACGGGGCUGGUGGCCACGACCACGAGCGCGAGGCAGGUGUACGUGCUGCGGGUGUUUUUGGGACUGUGCGAGAGCGCGGCGUAUCCCGGCAUGAUCACGCUGUUUAUGUCCUGGUACACGCCGCGGGAGAUGGCCAGGAGAAUCGGCCUCUAUCAUUCCUGUCAAGCAAUCGGCCAGAUGAUGUCCGGGGCGAUGCAGGCGUCUAUUGUCAAGACCAUGGAUGGUCGCCACGACCUCGUCGGCUGGAGACGCACGUUUUCAACGUGGCUGGUGUACGUCGUCGGCACCAUCUACAUUGCCAUGGUUCUCGGGACGUCGGGAUACAACUACUUUGGGCUGUUCCUGAAGUCCAUCAGAAACAGCGACGGUUCGCCGAGAUGGACUACGGUGCAGGUCAACCUCAUCCCCAUUGGCGGCAGCGCCAUCAACGUUGUUUUUGCGCUCAUUGCCAUCGUCGUGGCGGUCAUUCUGAGCCUUUGGACGACCAAUCCGGACGGCACUCCCCUGCCGGCCGCAUAUGCUGCCUAUUUCAUGUCCCAUGUUCCACUUGGCACUGCGCCGCUCAUAUGGGCGUGGCUCUCCGAUCUCGCACCACAAGAGCCCGAGGAACGAUCGCUGACCGUGGGUGCCGCCAUUGCUGGCUACUAUUCUAUUUCGGCAUGGAGCCAAGUCCUGGUCUGGCCGGCUAGCCGGGCACCGUAUUAUAAAUACAGCUGGCAGUCGUCCAUUGCUGUAUGCGCGCUCGUCGUCGUUCUGGCCGUUUGUUUGCGAGUCGUUGACGCAAAGCACCUCAGGUGCGGACCGCGUCUCCCUCUGGCUGUCGCUGCUGCUGCUAACUCUUGGGGACAGACCGAGGAGGGAGGCAGCAUUGACGAUCGCUGCUUCACCCUGAAGAACGACCCCAUUCCGAAGGUUGAAGACGCAAAGAUGGAGCCAGGGGCUGUCAUCAGACCAGUUUCAACCACCCCAGCGUAG